CUUUGCGAUUCCGCGUUAUAUACGGCAGAGGCGGCUGCGGUGCCAUGGGGUCCGACCGCGGCGCACUCGUCUGAAUCGGGCGCUCGGAGUUCCUCGGGUCCUGGGUCCGUUCUGUCCCGCCCCCAGGUUCGCUCCUCGGGCCCCCAACCUGUGGUUCGGCUCCCCAAGCUCCCGGCCUUGACGCCUGCAGGACGAAAUGGGCACAGUCAUGAAUGCCUCGGACGGGAAAGAGCCGCUGCUCCAGCCCUACAACUUCGAGCUGCUAGAGGACCCAAGGCCCUUUUUGGAGGAGUACUGGACAGCCUCAUUUCCCAUAGCUCUCAUCUACCUGCUGCUCAUCUUCGUGGGGCACAACUACAUGAAGGCACGGAAGGGCUUCAACCUGCAGGUGCCUCUCACCCUUUGGUCCUUCUGCCUUGCAGUCUUCAGUAUCCUGGGGGCAGUGAGGACGUGGGGCUUUAUGGGAAAUUUGAUACAUAGGCAUAGCCUAAAGCAUACUGUGUGCUUCACCACCUCCCUCCACGAAUCUGUAGUCAAAUUCUGGUCCUGGCUCUUUGUUCUCAGCAAGAUCAUUGAACUUGGAGACACAGCCUUCAUCAUCCUGCGUAAGCGGCCACUCAUCUUUGUGCACUGGUACCACCACAGCACAGUGCUAGUGUUCACAAGCUUUGGAUACAAGAACAAGGUGCCUGCAGGCGGCUGGUUUAUGACCAUGAACUAUGGUGUGCAUGCUAUCAUGUACACCUACUACACGCUGAGGGCCGCCCAAGUGAAGCCCCCCAGGUGGUUCCCCAGGCUCAUCACCAGCCUGCAGAUCCUGCAGAUGUUUAUGGGAGCUACUGUCGUCAUCCUGGCUUACACCUGGAGACAGGAACAGGGAUGCCACACCACAACGGAACAAUUCUUCUGGUCCCUCAUGGUGUAUAUAACCUACUUCAUCCUCUUUGCCAACUUCUUCUACAAAACCUACGUAAUGCCCAAGGUUAAAGCCAAGACCAAGAGCGAGUAAAGGGUUGGAGAAGAAGAAAGGGCUCCAGACUCUCUCCUCCCCGGGGCAUGGAGGGGUUUGGUUUAGGUUUGGGAGAAUGAUUAGGAGGUUUUCCCUGCGUGGUUUCCCCACAGGAUGUGUGCCCCAAGGUGGCAGGAAGUUAUGACAGACAAGAAACGUCAACCAUGGGAAGGGGAUGUGGUGUAGUACUUUGAUGUUUCUGUUUUUAAUAUGAAGGCCAAGCAGACCCUGAGAUGGGGCUGGGACUGGGGAGGAUUCCCACAGCCGAAUUAUUUAUAUUUCUAUAUAGAAACCUUUCUCUUCUUGCUCUAUUUUUUAAUUAAAUAUUUCAAGAAGACUUCUAGUUUGGGGGAAUUUGGGGGAAGAAGGGAUCUGCUGUGGUGGGAAAUGGCUGCUGGCAAUGGGAUGAUCAGUAGGUUAGACGUCUAAGAGGAUGUGUGGAUGAGAAGCACACACGCAGACACUCAAUAAGAAUCCUAGUUUUGGUAGGCACUUAAUAAAUGUCUGUUACAGA